AUGGUGGAGCCGGCCGAACCGCGACUGGGCACUCACUCGUUCAACUGCCGCCACCAGUCAUCUAUCGUGCACUGCCAGGUACUGCGACUGGCUGACAGCUUCUUCCUCUGGUUGGCCGACAGUCCCAGUUUCCAGCAGCUGGCUGUGGGCAUGCCCCGCGGUCCGGAGGCCGUGUCCUCACUCCUACUGAACCAAGGCGUUCGGGGGCAGAGCGACCAGCUGGCCUCGCGGCUGGCACGCCGCACAGGCAAACAGGUGUUUGUCAGCUGUAACGUGAACUUGGAGGACGCUGCGCUGCGACAGGCACUGGAAGCCAGGGUUGUGGAGGAGCUCAAGGAGUGCCCGGAUAAGUUCUGA